AUGUCGCAGUAUAUCAUUCGCAAGCACAAGUUCCUUAGCGACAUUCCUGUGGACGACGUUCUGAUGCUCAUCCUCGUCCUUACGUAUACUACGGCAAUCGCAGCCCUGUACAAGUACUUUGACAUCUUUGCGGAAACUGACAUUGAUGCUCUCACCCCCGAAGAGAGUGUCGCAAUCGGUCGCAAACUGGGGAUCGUCAACAUCCUCGCCGAAACGGCCAUACAGACGACCUUGUGGGGCAACAAGUGCUGCCUACUCUUGCUGUACAACCGCCUGACCCUCUUCGGCCACUAUCACAAGACGUUGAUCAUUGUCGCCACUUACACGGGGCUGGCAUAUCUCGCGGUCAUUGUUGCAUUGUAUGGAGGAUGGUGCCGCCCGUUCUCCGACUACAUGGAACUGAAUCCUGGCAACGUCCAGUGUUUGACGUGGACGAAUUACAACGUCCUUCAGAUCACCAUGAACCUCUCGACGGAUCUCAUCCUGCUGCUGAUACCCGUUACGCUCAUCAUCCAGCUGAAGAUGAGGAUAGGAAAGAAGCUCCUUCUCAUCUGCCUGUUUAGCAUGGGCGUAUUCGUCAUGCUCUGCGCGAUCCUGAUGAAGGUCACCGUCUUCACCAACCCGUCUGACCCCGUCUGGUUCCUGUGGUCCGUUCGCGAAGUCAGCACGGCGAUGCUAGUUGGCAACCUCGUCCUCGGCAUGCCCAUCCUCCGGUCCUUGUGGCGCUGCUUCGUCCCCGGGGCCGGCGACAGCAUGGGAGACAAACCCUCAACGGCGGAUUCGGGCGCUACGUCCACGGUUACAAAGAGCGGCGCAGGCGACCCCGCCGUGUUGGCGGCUUCGGAGCCGGGCGCGUUGAGGCCGGUGCCCCCGAAGAGGAUGGCGAUCAACAGCGUGUACACGGAUGUUGAUCUUUAUGGCCAGGCCGGGCCGGGAGGCACGAGCCAGAAGAUAUGGCAGGGGCAGGAGAGUGUAUGA